AUGGCCCGUAGGCUUGCCUGGCGAUCAAUCCAGGUCGUCGAGCUCCUCGGCGUGCGCUUUUGGCGUUGGAUAGAUGCCCACUUCGUGCGAAAGAUGAUGUGGCCAGGGCUUCCGAGCCGAGGCCAUCGAAGUAACCCCGUCUGGAAGCACCGCCGUCAUCAGAUCGUGGGCUGUCCGGAAUUACACCCCAGGAAAGCUAUCCUUGGGCCAGAUUCGCGUUCGCGGCCUCUCCAGACCCGCUCCCCACCCCCCAACGGAAAAGCAGCGACUCAACAGCGAUCAUCCACGUACGAAAAAAACCCCGCCGAUCAACGAGACCGACCGUCCAAGCGGGAAGUCCUGCGCGAACCGCCCUGCCCUGGGGCUCCCAUCAGAUCCGAGGGCGAACGGUAUGCGCGCGAGCUGCACGCCGUUACACCCACCAUCCAGCAGAAUGCCCCCCCCCCCCUCCCGCAGCGCUUCAAGUCGCUGGCCCGCAUACGGGCGCAGCCGCGCUCUGCGCGCGCCAUCCCGCGGCGCGGACCGGGCGACGGCAACUCAGCGCCUUCCCCACGAGUCCGAAAAGCAGCCGUGACAAAAGAGGUGGGGCUCCACAGAGCGAGCCCCAUAUGGCCGAAGCGCGGACGACUCUGGAUGGUUGGGUCGACGGCGACUACGACGCCUGCGGUCCCGAAAAGGCAACUGCGAACACGAGGCGCGCCGGUGCCUUGGCGGGGCUGCGCGUGA